AAUGUGCAUGAACUGGUGGGAUCCAUUCAUCUGUCUGUGUGUUCUCAGAGUGCCUGCAAAACAUCCAGCUCAGCUCAACAGGUGAGAAGAGAGGGAGUCACACACACACACACACAUACACACACACACAAAGCUGAAGCAGGGAAGAAGAAUUGGAUGACACACAGUGAGAGACAGAGGGAGGGACUGAAUUACCAUAGAAACUGCUCAGACUGUUUAGAGAAGCAGCAGAAAAAGGUGAAAGCUGAAGUGGUCCAACUGUCAAGGUCAGCGGUCACCCAAACUGCUACCACACUGAUCGCUGCUUACCACCGAUGUUUGCUGAACUUUUUAAAUAACAAGGAAAAGCUGUGUUUUGAAGCUGCUGACAUAUCAAAGUAAAAGGAUGUUUUUGUAUUUCUUGUGAUUAUUCUGACGGGCAGCAGAUAGAACAGGAGCCAUAUGGAGUAAAAGUCAUUUGUGUCGCAGGUGAAUACCUGAAGUCAUCUUAAAAUCUACUGCACAGGAUCAUACAAAUUUACCAUUGAAUGGUACGGAGACCAAGGAUGACAGAGAAGAAGCUUGACAGAAUCCCAAACGUACAAGCCACAGCCUUAUUCAAUUUCUCCCUCACAUGAAAAUCACUUAAUCCUUCACAAUGUCAUCCAGAGGUGGAGUUCCUCCCAACAUCAGUGCCUCAGUACUCCAAGACUUCCUCACCUCCUUUUCGCCUUCUCCCUCAACCAGCCCUCCAUCUCCAUCUUGCAGCAUAGACGAGUCUUACAAGUACAUCUUCCUCCCCAUCUGUUACUCUUUCACGUUCAUAUUCAGCAUUUCCCUUAACUCUGUCAUCCUCUACCGUUCCUUCCGCCGCACCAAGCGCUGGAAUGCCUCGCUGAUCUACAUGGUCAACCUGGCCUCUACAGACUUCAUGUACGGCCUGUCGCUGCCAUUCCUUGUGGCGAGUUACAUCAUGCGUGAUCGCUGGGUCUUCGGGGACUUCAUGUGCCGCCUGGUCCGUUUUCUCUUCUAUUUUAACCUCUACUGCUCCAUCUUCUUCCUCACUUGUAUCUCUGUCCACAGAUACCUCGGUAUCUGCCACCCAAUGAAAGUCAUCACACUGGAGACCAAGAAGGCUGUCAAGUGCACUUGUGUUGUGGUUUGGAUUGUAGUGUUUGCUCUGACCUGCCCCAUCUUCCGGUUUGCUCAGACUGGUCACGUGACAAGAUUGGCAGGGCUUAGCGGCAAUGCAAGCAGUAUUGACAAUCCAAGCCAUGAGAUAUCAUUGAUAAAUGGUAAUGCCAGCUAUGGUAACUUGGAAGGGGUCAUUGAGGAGUACCAGAACUGUUGGGACGAUGCCAUAGAUAAGGAGUUUCCUGAUUACAUACCCUAUGGCAUCAUACUCCAUCUGCUGGGCUUUUUUGUGCCUUUUUCCAUUAUUGCUUGGUGUUACUCUCACGUUGUUCUAACCAUAUUUAGGACUCUGCAUUCACAGCCCUCGUCCCGGAGAGUACAUAGAGAGGGAGGGCGUGAAGGAAUAGAGAGAAGUAGCCCUGGAAUAGUUGGAAGAGGAAGAAGAGGAAGCAAUGGAAUGUUGAGGGUACUGGGAAGAGAUGAAGGGACUUCCAUUUUCCUUGGCGCCCACUCACCUUAUGCCAAUCGCAGACGUAAGUCUAUCAAGACCAUCAUCACCAUCACCCUUCUCUUUGCUCUGUGUUUCUUUCCCUUCCAUGUUACUAGAACCAUCUUUCUCCUGCUGAAAGUGACCAAGGGAGUCCCCUGUCACACCAUGACCAUGGUCUCCAUGUGCUAUAAGAUCACAAGGCCUUUAGCAUCAUUCAAUGCAUGGCUCAACGCUCUCCUUUAUUUCCUGACUAAAGACAAAGGGGGAGCUCACUGCUGCCAGGCGGUAAACACCACCACCCAACAACACGGUGGGUUUCUAUUGCCACUGAGGAUGAUGGGAAAAGGAGAGGAUGCAGAGGAGGGAGGGUUGGAAGACGGAAUUGACAAUAAGGAGGAGAAAGCAUUUCACAACAGUCUGUCAUAUAUGAACAGAGCAAAAGUUAGAUAUAUAGUUGAAUGAAUGUUUUCAUGAGGAAUGAGAGAAUGAAUUUUAGAUGCACUGUAGCUUGUCUUUUACUGGAAAACAAAAUAUUAUAUAAUGAGCACUGUAGGAAAAGUAAUGAUUAAAGAAGACCCACCAAGAAUCUUAAUAUGACUUUUAUUUCUAAUUGUAUGUACCUAUUUCUGGUCUGCUACAAGUUAUACUUUGAAAGUUACCUAGAGAGUAAAUGCAAUAUGAAUACAUAUGUGACACCACAUUAUUGUGAUAAUCUGUUAUUUUGUUUCACAGGGUGUGUAUUUAUAAUGUCUGACAAGAUACACUGGGAUCACUGAUUUCCUUUUAUGUCUGGGGUAUGCUUGGAACAAGGUCAUCCAACCACAUCUUAAGGAAAAAGUGUUUUACCUGUUCCGAACAGCUGUACUUGAGAAGCCUGUGGUCACAAAGAGGGGCGAGACCAUCGAGAUAUAGGCUAAAAGAUAGACAUAACGUCUCAACUUCCCCCCACUGUACAAAAAUUAAGCUAAAAUAUAGCAGAUUAGUCUCUGCCCUUCCUUGCCAUUCAGUCUGCGCAGUAGUGACCGGGGUUAGCGCCACAGAAUCUAAGUCCCGCCUGGUCGACUCAAUUGCAAGCAGCACUCAACUGUCAAUCAUAAUGGAGUUAGUUUCCACUGUUGGGGCCUAGUCAGACAUACGCAAAAUCAACAUUGGCAAAUAUUUUCCUCCUGUUCACUUCCAUUCUAUGCAAGCAAACAGGCGAAAAAGUUUGUGUAGAGCUCAAUUCUGGCAAAUUUUAACCGGCAAAGUUGCAGCCUCAACCAAUAGCAAUGUGGCUGACCCCUAAACUGACCUUACCACAGUAUGAAGCCUUUUGCUGUGAUUUAAUUGCAAUAAACGCAUCAAAGAAUGCCAAAAUAACUCGAUCAUGAUUCCAAUUUGUAAAUUGUAUUCAUUCAUACUUUGUUUAAAAUGCUUGUUUUCUAAAUGAAGUUUGGAUUGAUCAGGGCUAUAUGCUAAAAUUGGUUUACAAUUAAGUGAAGCUAAUAGUUGGAGUCAAGUCAGCAGUCAAUAGAUGCAUAUUUUCAUCACUUACCAGGUAGUCCAGCUUCAUUGCCUACUUUUACCCAGUCAAUCUCCUUUUCAAUGCAAAUUCAUAUCCAUUUCCAUCUUUGUGAAAAAUUAACUUUCUUUGUGAAUCGUGUGUGAUGCCGUCAGUGAAUCCAUGUCCAUCUAUCAAUGACUAUUUACUGUAAACAGAUAAAAUUAUUAUUAUAUAUAUAUUAUUGUUGGACCAGCCAAACACAGAGAUUUCCUCUGAGAUGUUUCUUUAAAGCCCCUACAAGGAACUUUUAUUUUGUGUUGAUUCUGGCAGCCCCUGUGAACAACAGUGUUUUUUCUUCCGCCUUGUUUCAUUGAUUUCAAGGGGAAUCUGACCAAAUCCAACCCAGGCAGACAUUAAGAAUAACCAUAUAGAAAUAGCCAAUCUUCUCAUUGAUGGUCUUGUUUGUAUACAUAGGUCAUAUACAGGCAUCAAUAUUAAACUGAAAAUGUUGACAUAACCAGUUAAAAACUCCUUGUAGUAGGUUUAUGAUAUGACCUGAUGAUUAUGGUAUGGACAUUUCAAUUCAAUUUAAAUUCAAUUCAAUUUUAUUUGUAUAGCGCCAAAUCAUAACAGAAUCUCAGGACACUUUUCAAAAUUGAGCAGGUCUAGACCGUACUCCUUAUAAAAUUACUCACAGAGACCCAACAGUUCCCACCAUGAGCAAGAACUUGGCGACAGCGGCAAGGAAAAACUUCCUUAAAGAGGCAGAAACCUCAGACAGACCCCGGCUCUAGUUGGGUGGCCGUCUACCUCAACCAUUUGAAACACAUACUUAAAAGGAAGUGCAUUUUAUCCUGUGCAGUGAUUAUAUCAUAAUGGACACAAAACGGCACAUCUGAGAUGUUAAAGAUGGACAUCGCGUCUCCACUUCCUCCCACAAAAAUGAAGCCAAAAUAUCCCAGAUAUGGCAGCUGCCAUCUUUCACCACUCGGAAUAUCAAAGUCCAACUCAUACACCCAGCUAACUCAAUCGCUAGCAGGGCUCAGCUGUCAAUCAUGACAUGAAACCCCUUUUUUUAUAAAUAAGCAAUGUCUAGCUGGGUUAGGUUACUGAUCCACUUGGACGGGGAAGACAGAAGAAGGAUGACAGCUGAUUGAUCAAGAUUAAUUUAUCAAGGUAUCGCAAGGUAACGCUCCGGUUCAGGCAUUGUGGCAACAUAAUUAUUAGAAAUGUGUAUAAAACAAAGUUUUGUUAAAUAUGAAAUGAAUGCAUUCAAAUACAGGUCAAAUUGCACUGACAUCAACUGAAUCUUUUGUGUUAUAUACCCCAAAAAGAGGCAGGACCGUGACAUUAUGCUAUGUACCUAGAUGUACCAGUCUGGUCCAUCAUUUGUUUACAAUCUUGUUCCUGUAAGUCUCUAGUACCUCCUUUCUAAUGACAUCACACAGACUGUGAAAGAAGGAAACCUAUGACUGGUCAGGGACCAAUGUAUAGUCUGUCAUGUGUCUCGGUCAAGGCAUGGCAACAAUUUAUGAGUAGCCUAAUCUGAAAUAAUGACCUUAACCAUUGACAUAUAUAAAGAUGGAUGACAUGAGAACUCUCCAAAGGUGAAGCCAAAACAUCUAUGGUGGCUAAUUGCAAUAUAGGUCAUGAAAGCCCAUUGCCUCCAUGUUGCCUGUUGCCUCCAAGUUCACGUUAAACACAUUUUUCCCAAAGACUGUUUCUGAUAUUUUAUUCAGUUUAGUUUUAUUUGUAUAGUACCAAAUCACACCAGAAAUUAUCUCACCUUUCAAAUAAAGCAUGUCUAGACUGUUCUUUUAAAAUCAUUGACAGAGACAGUUCCCACCAUAAUGAUUGACAGCUGAGCCCUACUCACGAUGGAGUUGGACAGACGUGGGGGCAGGAAUCCAUCUUCACUUCUUCUUUGCAGGCUCUGUGUGGCAUAAGAUGGCAACAACCAUAUCCAAGAAAUUUUGGCUUAAUUUUUGAAAAGUGGAAUGAAGUGGAGACGCGAUGCCCAUCUUUUAUAUGUUGAUGAAUAUACAAAAAUAUUGUGUAGUCUGGACCCAGCAUUAGACAUGUUCAAAUGACACUUUGUAUAAACUAGUGUAUUUGAAGCAUAUUGAACCCUACUGUCAACUCUGCAACGUAGCCAGUAUUCAUCAUUUUCUUUUUGCAAUUUUGCAAUUUUUAGGAACUGUUAGGCAUUGUCCUUCUCAGAUUGGAUCUUGGAUAUUUUGCCGACUAACUCGCUAACAGGCAAGAGAAAUGUGAUUGCUGAGUGUUUUGUCUUAAUGGCCUGGCACUCAGAGGAUAUUUUUGUUGGUCGCCAACAACCAGCUUUGGACCACUGUGAAGUUGGACCAUAUUAUUGGCCCCUAUAUAUCGGCAUGUACAGUUGUACAUGUAGUACCAUUCUACCUUGCAAAAGGCUUCUAGUUCUCAAUAUUCCUGGGCUGAUUGCAUGAACAGCUCUUUGAAGAUCUACCCACAUAUUUUCAGUGAUGUUUAAGUCAGGGGACUGUCAGGGUCAUUUCCAAACUUUUGCUUACAACUGUAUGUUGUCCGAUAUGCACUGAUAACUGAAAACUGUUUUUUCCAGUAUAUAAUGCAAAAAAUAUAUAAACGUGUAAUUUACAAUACUGUGGCAAGCAGCACAGAGUAAGAGAGAAGAAGCAGGUCUCAGCAACAUCAACUAGAAUUCACUGAUAAUGUAUAUGUUCAAUUAUUGAGAUUAUUUAGCUGAAAUAUUCUUUGAGUUGUUUGUUAGAGAAAGCAGCCUUAAUAAUAAUACAUUUAAUUUAUAGAGCGCUUUUCAAGAAACUCAAAGAAACUUCACAUGAGUUUAAAGGAAAAGAAAAAGCUAAGAAAAACACACUAAGAAAUUAUAGCUAUAUCUAUAAUAUCUAUAACUGUGUUUUUGAUGAGAGAUUUGGGACCGAUAAUGAUUAUUUCAGAUCUGUCACACUUGAGUUUGAGGAAGUUGGCAUGCAUCCAUGAUUUGAUUUCAGUGAGGCAGUGUGUCAGAGUGGAGUGGGUUGUGGGUGUUACAGAUAUAGUGGAGAUGUAGAGCUGGACAUCAUCGGCAUAACAGUGGAAGCGGAGACCGUGGCGGCGUAUGAGGUUACCAAGCUGGAGAAUGUACAGGAUGAACAGGAGAGGACCAAGCACUGAACCCUGGGGGACGCCUUGGGACAGGGGAGCAGUGGAGGAGGUGCAGUUGUUGAUAUUGAUGAACUGUUUGUGAGAUAUGACCUUAGCCAGGAGAGGGCAGCACCAGUGAUGUUGAGGGAGGACUGAAGGCAGGAGAGAAGAAUGGUGUGGUUGAUGGUGUCAAAAGCUGCAGUGAGGUCCAGGAGGAUGAGAAUGUUGAGGUGACCAGAGUCUGAGGAGAGCAGGAGGUCGUUGGUGACUUCAAGGAGGGCUGUUUUUGUGCUGUGUUGUGAGCGGAAUCCGGAUUGAAACGGUUCAAACAGGUCAUUGGAGACAAGUUGGCUUUAAAUUGGGAGGCAACAAGACGUUCCAGUAUUUUUGACAGAAAGGAAAGAUUGGAGAUGGGGCAGAAAUUGCUCAUGGUGUCGGGAUUAAGACCAGGUUUUUAGACUUCUGAGUACCUUUGCAGAGUCAUAUUGGUGCAAAAUCCACAUAGAAAAAAAGUAUUGAUUUGCAUUCCAGGUCAUAAUUCACUAUAUAUUGGUAAUCAAUUCUCCUAUAAAAUCAUUAUUGGUGUCAAAUAUCCCAUAUGGGUCGGGCUCUACUGUGCCAAAAUAGCAGCAAACACCAAGUCACCAAACUACUUGAUCUGGAUGCCUGAGGAAACCUACAUGAGGAUGGGAAGUGCAAGGGAGCAAUUCAGAACCCAGAGGUACAUAUUACUGAACAAAAAGGUCCUUCAGGAACUUUCUAGCUUGUUCUCUGCACACACUACCAGCUGUUACACAAUCCUCACUAUGCAUGUACAUGCUGAAGAUCAUUAUUCUCUUACUGGAACCAAUUACAUCAUUGGUGAAUUCCAAAUUAGUCACUGUGUUCUUUUUGGUUGUUCCUAAUCUCUGCACCAUCUGGUGGUAGUAUCAGAAAAAUCAUUGUGGCAGACUGCAUCUGAUGACUGCACUGACCAACAUGGCUUUCUGAGGAUUUUAAAAACAGAAAACCAGAUUUCAUAGGAUUUUAAUUUUGUAUAGGAUCACAAAAAACAACUGCCUCAAAAUGUAUCAGAAACUGCUGACAGAACAACACGUCCUUAAGUGUAGCCUUAUUGACAGACUGCUAGAUAGUGACCAAGAUUAUAAUAAAAUAGUUACAUUCUGUAUUCUGUAAAUUGUUAUACUUGCAUAGUGAACCUUGUACAACCUGCUGUGGCAGUACUGCAGUGGUGGAGGAAGUAUUCAGAUAUUUUACUUAAGUAGUAAUACCACACUGUAAAAAUACUUAAGUAAAAGUCCUGCAUUGAAAAUGUUACUUAAGUAAAAUAUAAUCAAGAAACAGUACACUAAUACAUUUUUUUAUUUCCAUCUGUCUGCUAAAACUGGCUUCCCAUUCACAGUGAAUAAAUAUUGUGAUCAUGA